AUGACUCCAGAGCAGGAGGAUUUAUUCGCUUCUGUGUUUCGUGGAGAUACGGAAUCUUUACGGCGGCGUUUACAAGACGUCGAACCAGAACAGAUAGAAAACCUGUUGUCUGGAAGUGAUGAGGUUGGCCGAAGUGCUUUGAUCGUGGGCGGCUUGUUGGGACGCACAGCCGCCGUGACAGAGCUGACGACUUACGGAGCUCAAGUCAACCAGCAAACAGAAAGAGGGUACACAGCUCUCCAUCUUGCAUCCUGCUGGGGUCAUGUGGACACAGUGCAGACUUUGCUAAAGUUGGGAGCAGACCCCAAAGUCCAGAACUUCAGAGGAGAGUGUCCCGUUGAUCUGGCAAGGAAAUACUCAAGAAUCGAUUGUGAAAAAUGCCUCAUACUGGGUGAGGCAAAACAGGACUUUGCUUCAUACUUGGCUCAUAUUAAAGGUGUCAUUUCUGAAUCUGCAGCCAGCCUCACAAAGGAUGAACGGAACCUCUCGUCGCAUGUGUUGGCUGCUAAGACAGAGUGGCUCCAGACUGUUACAGACCCUCAGGUAUCGGACUUCACAGACCAGAGGAGAAGCUUGGACGACUCUCUUCAGCACAUCUUCAACAAGCUAAACUUACGCACCUGACAGACGAAAGGGGUGUCCAG